UCGGCAGGACGAGGCAACCAGUUUUCUUGACCCUGAAGCUUGACUGGACCCACAGUGCUCCACAUUCAGGCUUCGGAACUGCUCCCGAACAACAACGUUCACCCACUCAACACCACAUGCUACGAGGACCAUCUGGAUGAGAUACCUGAAGACUGUAGCGAAACGCGCAUGUGAGUUUCCGGGUCCCAAGGGGCGUGGAUCCCUCCGCUUCCGCCGACGCGUCUGCGAAACGAGAAACCACGACAACCAUCACACGACGUCAACGCUCUCAUCAAACUCGCAGCAAAAGAAACGCGAUACUCAAAGUGCAUGAAGCAGCGUUGACAGGGUGACAGCGCGCAUGGCUCGGGUUUCGUUGCCCCUCGAGUUGCCGAGCAACGCGUUGCAAAAACAUGCAACAACAUGCACGAAUCCUGGCACCACAACAACUCCCGCAUCUUGAACCACUCACCCACUAUCACCAUGCUCUCAGCAACUCCUUCGCACUCGUUUCCCUCACGGCGACCGUCGGUCGCUGCUGGAGCCACGCACCCCUCGACGAGAACACAGACCCGACCGAUCGCUCGCUCGUCACGACGACCGGCCUACGCGCGACCGACAGCCUCUUUCGAGAACAGACGCACCGCCCAGAAGCCGCCCUCGACCACGAUCUGCCCUCACCGAAGCGAUCGACCCCCUCGAGCAAGGCCAUCCCCCUCCCGCACGGCUCCCCCGCUAAACACGACGACCGACGGCGGCGUCCCUGAAACGGAUGCGACACACACAAACCGCCUUUGGAAACGCGUCAUGACGACACGAGGCCGCGGCAACAACGUCAUCAACACUGUGCCCGGACGCGCCACCCGGCCGACGGCCGCCUGGCAGGCCAAAAUGAAGGGCGGGCCUGGCGCGGCGUCGUCGACAAGCAGCAAGGACAGCGGCAUCGGGAACAGCGGCAGGACGAGGCUCGACACCGGGACCGCAAGCAGGACAAGGGCCAAGAGCUCGAGAGCCAGCUCGGCGUCGCGAUCCACGACGACGACAACUACGGCGGCGACGACAACGACAACGCUGCCAGCGGCAAAGCUCAGCGACGGUGACUUCGAGGCGCAGGUGCUGAAUCCGCGCGGCAUCUCGAUCGACGCGGAAGCCAAGUCAGUCACGCCCUUCUACCACUUCGGCACCGUCCCGCCGUCCGACGUCGAGUUCUACCGACAGCUACCGGGCCUCGCGGAGUCGAAGCUGUGGCUGGAUCCCGACGAUACCUCGUUCGUGACGGACGUGGUGCGCGAGUACGCCAGCAUGCGGAACUACAAGCUGUGCGAAGCCGAAUUUGCUGCCUAUGCGACUGAAACACUGUUGAAGCGGGAGAUACGAAAUCCGUCACUGCCGGAAAGCCGGACGUGGUGGGCGGAGCGGUUGGUGCAGCUCACGGCAAGGCCGGACAAGGCAUGGGCGGCACCACCGUUCCUCGACGACGGGAGCGCGCCGGUGCCGCGCAAGGCGUAUGCGUUCGUGAUGCGGCCCGACUGCGCGUACUGGAUCAGCCUCCAAGCGUUCAACCCAGACUAUCGCAAGCGCGUCAAGGAGUACGUGUCGGUGCGGCUCGACCGGAUCCUGUGUCCGUAUCUGAGCAUCGAGUUCAAGAAGGACGACACGAGUGUGGGACAUGCGCGCAACCAGGUCGCCGCCGCGGCGAGCAUCGCGCUGUACAACCGGUGGCGCGUACGAGCAGCCAAGGUCACGGCGGCGAGGCAGCGCUGGAGCGAGCGAUACACGACUGCUCUGCGCCAUUACGGCCUCACAUUCACGGGCGACCAGUUCGAGGUGUGGUGCGUGACAGCGAUGGUCGAUGAGGCGUCCGGCGAGUGGAAGGGCUGCUGCAUGCGCAGACUGUGGCAGGACGCAUUCGACACGCCAGGCGGAGUGCGCAUGUUUGUGAGCUGGAGCAACGAGAUUCAUCGGUGGGGGCUGGCGGUGCAUGGGCCAGCGUGCGAGAGGGACAUCAAGGUGUGCAUGCGCAGCACGCCGGGAGCGGACCGGACAUCGUUGGAUGGGGAGGAGUUUGAGUCGGAGGGGGAGUAGUGGAGAGGGAGAGGGGGCUCAAAAAAGGCGUUUCUGUCUACCAGAGUGGUUUUUCCUUGGGGUGUCACGUGGGGUAAACGGGUUGGGUUUAGAGGGCUGACGGCGAACUGCGAAGGAGUUUCUGGAAGGUAGCAGCAGCGCACAUUAAUCGAAACAGGUCUUGCAAGGGAGACUUGCAGACGAUGAAUCCCGUCGGCGA